UGCUGUUGGAAUGCGAUCCGAAAAACUGCCAAUCAGUUGAACUAAAACCAUUGUCUAGAGCUGUAAUUGUUUACUUUUGAGGUAAUUAACAAGUGAAAAUUACUAAUAUUUUAACCACUACUGUGCUGAAGUAACAGCUGCAAGAACCGUUUGUGUUGCUACAACGGCAACAACAACAAACACCACGCAAAAGGGACUUAGCAUAGUGAACCGUUUUUAUUUCAUACGGAGCGAGCAAAGAACGGACACACACGCACACUUGCACACAGAUAGACGCGAAGAGCGGAACAAACAACAACAAAACAAAAAAAGAAACAGGGCGCACAAGUGUGUUAUUACUCAGUAAUUGUAAAAAUGUCAGAGCCGCAACAACAAUAGCCAGGCGAAUUUGAGAACGUGCCGUGACAACGCUCAUAAAAAAAUCUUCAAAAGGAGUCUCAAAUACGCACAUGCUCGCCAUCUCUCUCUGACGCACGAUCUUUGGGGCGAGCAGGCGAAACAACAACAAUAACAGCGCAAGAAGCUGCUGCGCAUUUAGUGUAAAAGAAGAAGAGGAGUAGAAGUACAAAGAAAAGGAAUAAGAAGGAGAAGAAGCGAAAAACUUAAAACUACUAUUGAAAUGGCAGCUAUUGCGGCAUUACCAACAACUACGUUGCGUCGCAACAACAACAAUAACAGCAACAACAAAGGGAUAAAAUCCCGUCGAAAUGAGCGUAAUAUUCUAACUUUCUACGAAAAAAUUGCUGUCAUCCGCUACUAUGAGGAGACAAAUAUAUCGAGGAACAGCCUGGCCAAGAUGUUCCACUGCUGUGCCACCCAAAUUCGUCGAAUCCUGGACAAGAAGAAGGACUUGCUCCAGCAAUUGGCUACUCUCAGCGAGGCAGAUGCCUCUAUAAUAAUCGAAGAGAUGACGCGUAAACGCCGGAAGUUUGAGAUGAGUGCCAUUAGUUUCCUUCUGCACGAGUGGGUGGAAAGAUGCACUCAACUCCGCUUGAAAAUCAGCAUAAGAAACCAAAAACUAAAGGAAACAGCCACCCGAAUGGCGGCAAUUUUAAACCUUCCAUCCUUUAGACCCUCUUAUCGUUGGCUGAACCGAUUCCGGGGAAAGUACAAGUACGAGGCCGAUGAGUUGGGCUACCAGGGUGAGAAUCCCUUAAACCAAGAUCUGCCUGUCGAGGAGAUUAUUGUAGAGUUUAAGCAUGCAUUGCCGAACUUCAUGCAACGGGAACUGGCCGAUUCAACUGAAGGCGUCACAAAUGAACCAGUCAUACCGGAUUUUGUUAAUCUCUCCAGUGAGAAUAGUCUUAUGUCAGAUCAUCUUGAUGAGGAUGAUGAUGUGGAGUUGGUAACUUGUGAGCCCACUAUGAUUCCCUCACCAGCCAGCGUGCCAGAAGUGGAGAAGCAGGACGCACUUUCCCCCCAAGAAGAACAGGAAAACCUGGAUGAUCAGAUGAAUGCCGGCACGAGCACCCUACUGAAUGGCGUUUUUCCGCACCUGGCAAUUAUCCAUCAGUUCGCUCUGAUGAAUUCGGAUAUCCAGGCAUUGGAACUCAUUUCUCAGCUGGGAGUACAUAUGCAACAGCAGGCUGUUUCUGGAGCUUAUCGCACCUUGUCGCUGGCUUCGACAAAUGGAGAUGGGCAAACGGAACAAGGAUCCAACUCUCUGCCGGAACUGCCACCGGGCAGCAUUUACGCGGACAUCGAUGACAUUGAGUUAAUUGAGUAGAAACACAAAAUAAAAAUAUACUAAGCUAGCCUAAGCUUCAAUGCCAUAAUUUAAUCAGUGGUCUGUUAUUAAUGAUCAACAAGUUAAAAGGUUAAGAUUUUUUGAGCUAUAACAUGAAAGCUAUUUCUUUUAUUUUUAAUGGAGUCGUAUUUUAUUUAUUGAAAGUACUUAU